AUGGCUCCUCAAAACGAUCUGGUCCCAGCAACAACUGCUGCGCCUCAGAUCAACGAGGAACCUCAAAAACAGGCGCAAUACGCUUCUAUCGUACCAGAAGGUAAUCAGCGUUUGCAACUUCAGCCUACGAUAUCCUCGAUCAGUCACCAUGACAUGGCCCACGCGACUCACGUGGUGACUGGAGACUUGGACGAGGUCUACAAUCGCUUUACUGAACGACGAAAGAUGAUUAUAGUGGCUGCUAUGUCGUUCUGUAGCUUCCUUGCCCCCAUCUCUUCCACCACUGUUUUGUCCGCUGUACCAGAAGUGGCAGCGACAUACAACACCGAUGGAUCGAUCAUCAACAUAUCAAAUGCAUUGUAUAUGCUCUUCAUGGGUAUCAGCCCCUGCUUCUAUGGGCCAUAUGGCAAUAUCUAUGGUAGGAAAUGGGUGUCUGUAGCAAGCGCAACGCUCUUCACUGCCUUCUCGGUUGGCACUGCUCUAGCUCCAAAUCUGGCAGCUUUCUUUGUCUUCAGAAUCUUGACAGCCUUCCAAGGUACUGCAUUUUUGGUGAUUGGGAGUGCCGCCAUUGGAGACAUCUACAAGCCGACUGAGCGUGGAACCGCACUAGGUUGGUUCUUGUCCGGAACACUGAUUGGCCCGGCGCUAGGUCCGUUCAUUGGAGGCAUCAUCGUCACCUUUCGAUCUUGGCGCGACAUCUUCUGGCUGCAGACAGCCUUGGCGGGUACCGCGGUCGUCCUUUGUUUCUUCGUCCAACCAGAAACCAUCCAUGUUAAACGCUCCGAAGAGCUCAAUGGCCUUUCGACCCCAGAGAAAGCGCACAAGAUGUGGCAGUGGCUAAAUCCGGUCCGCGUUAUUCGUCUCUACCGCUACCCGAACUUAUUCCUCGUUGCUCUAUCGUCCUCCUCUCUCGUCUGGAAUAUGUACUCCCUGCUCACGCCCAUUCGCUACGUCCUCAACCCGCGCUUCAAUCUCUCCAGUCCUCUCCAAGGAUCGCUGUUCUACAUCGCCCCCGGCUGUGGCUACCUCCUUGGUACCUUCUUUGGUGGGCGUUACGCGGACCACAUUGUGAAAAAGUACAUCCGUAUCCGAGGCCAUCGCGAAGCCGAGGAUCGACUACGAAGUUGCUUGUGGUUCCUAGGCGGCGUUAUCCCGGCAUGCAUGGUCAUCUACGGCUGGAGUGUUGAGAAGAGGGUCGGCGGCAUUGCGCUGCCGGUUAUCAUGAUGUUCCUACAGGGUGUGGCGCAAUUGUUCUGUUUCCCAAGCCUGAAUACGUAUUGUUUGGACGUUAUGCAGGGUCGAUCUGCUGAGGUCAUUGCCGGCAACUACUUUAUGCGCUACAUGUUCGCAGCAGGUGGCUCGGCCGUCGUCCUUCCAGCUGUCCGAGCUAUUGGCGUCGGGUGGUUUUCUACAAUCAGUGCGCUCUUUCUCGUCCUCGGUGCAGGAGCUACAUAUGUUACUGCACUGUAUGGAAAGGACUGGCGGGACGCUAUCGACGCGAAGCAAGCGGCGAAGAAGGAAGGGGACAAUCAGGCGUGA